AUGAAGGCCCCGAUUGUGGUCCUUUGCUGGAGCUUCGCAGCAACCGUCGUCGCACAAAAUCAAACCCAGGCCCAGUGCCUUCAGUCAUUCAAUGGGACCAUUGGAAAUGGUACGGUGGGCUCCGAGCAGCAAGUCAGCAGCCUCACUGUGCGCACCGUCAACUCAACCGAUGCGAACCAGGGAGUCGCUGUCGACGAGCAGUAUUUCUACUCCAUUGACAACUAUUCAAUCACCAAGCACAACAAGACCACAGGAAGGCCACUCCGGCAAUGGUAUGGAGGACCCGAUGGACCGAUCAUUCACCUUGACGGCGGUGUUGUCAUUAACGGAACCCUGUAUGCGCCUCACUCAAAUUAUCCAAAUUUCCCGGAGACGUCGUCGGUCGAGGAGUGGAACGUGACAACAAUGGAACACAUCAGAUCGCACUCGUUCGGCAUCUAUCGCGGGAGCUUGACAUGGGUCGAUCAGGACAGCACAGGGACGUGGUACGGAACAUUCGCCAAUUAUGACAGAGUCCAAGCCGGGCAGACACAACCAUACGGGUUGAGCAUCAACACGCAGCUUGUACGCUUUGCUCCAGGCCCAGAAUCUCCCUUUCAGUAUGUUUCCCAAUCUUGGAUCUUUCCUGAAGAGCUGGUAUCGGCGAAUUUUGCACCAAUGUCCAACUCUGGUGGCAGCUUUGCUCCCGAUGGUUGGCUGUACAUCACUGGCCACGACGCGAGUGCGGCGUACGUCUUGCAAAUACCGGCUGCAGGUAGUAUCUUGAUCUGGGUCGCGACAGUAGAUCUGCCGAGUAUCGCUGGUCAAGGGAUCGCUUGGGACAGGAGUGCUCGCGCGCAGGGAGGUAACGGAACGCUCUACGGGAUCAGUCGCGAAAGUAGGCAAGUCGUGGAGAUGAGGGUUCCGCUGCAGGGAUGCAGGCCUAAUACGGAUCUACCGGUUGGGAUGGUGUUGGCGCCUGAAGACUUUGUUGAUACAAGCUCAGAUUGA